AUGUCGCGCAGAUCCAGAAGUCGUUCACGAUCGCCACCGAAACGAGACCGUGAGGAUCGCCGAAGACGUGAUGAUAGAGAUAGGGAGAAAAAACGAGAUAGAAAGGACAAGGAUCGAGAAAGACGACGAAGACACCGAAGCUCAUCGUCCGAGACGUCGAUAGCAGAAUCACAUCAAUUGGGAAGCAUUUUUAGAGAAGAACGACGACGACGCGAGAGAAACGAUUCGCCAAAACUUCCUCCUCCACCACCUCCUCCACCUUCCGAUUCACCUGUCGAUACUUCUAUCCCAUUCGACGUCAACACUCUGAAUGAUCCAACGAAACGAUGGUUAGAGGAGAAAAUCGUGGAGCAGGUGACGGCGAGAGUACACCAGUUGGAAGCAAUGAUGGCUGAAAAAGCCACGUCGGCAAGGAAUGAGAUGGAGAAAAUGUUGAGAGCACAAAUCGAAGCGGAGAUGGCUGUCGAGCUGGCCGAAUGCAAGAAACGAGAUGAAGAAUCUCGUAAAAAAUGCAAGCAAUUGGAGGCGGAGCUUGAACGGAAAGUUCUAGAAGCUGAAGAAAGUCGCAAGAAAUUUGAGGAAGAUCGCCUGGCGAUGCUCGAACAGAAAGGACAAUUGGAGCGUGAUCGUGCAGAUCUUGCGCGUCAGAAGAGUGAAUUACAGAAAAAUGAGCAGCAAGCGAUAUUGAACAAGUCUGGGAAUGCGAGAGCACCGAUUAAGUUCAAAUUCGGAAAGUGA